UAUAUUUUAAGUUUUUGGCCAAUCAAAUCCAUCUGAUCCGAAUUGUUUUUGUUGCCAAAUGUCAAACGGUAGCUUCGAUGCAGACCAUCGUGCACAUCCCGGAGGUGUGGUCCGUGGUGGUGUCGUUCCAGAACGGGUUGUAUCCUGACAUUGCUUGUCUGUGCCAACGCAUUCACGUCGAGGAGUACCGCGACUUUCAGCAUUUCAAAUGGUUUGUGGCAGGCUCGAGGCUGGCGCCGCAUCCAGCAUUGCGCUUCGUCCGGCGCUUCGACGCCGCCUUUGGAUCGUUCUAUCGGGACCGCGGCGUCCCUGGUGUCACUCGGUUGCUAUCGUGCAAGCCUGCCUUCCGUGCCAUCGUGACGGCGCACGCAGCCUACUUCAAUCACCUUGACGUGCUACGCGAAGUGUGCCCGUCCAAAUGGAGUCACCACUCGGAUGCCUAUGUCGAUCGCGUCCGCCGCAUCAAACAGCUCGCAUGGAGCAAUUCAUUCCGCAACAUUUGCUUGGCAGAUACGAUGGAGCCAUUGGACAUGGCCGCGAUUCAAGGCCAUCUGGAAGCAGUCACGCUGCUCUACCGCCACGGAUACGCGUACUCGCACCACGCCCUCGACGGCGCCGCGGAGAUGGGACGUUUGAACGUUGUGAUGUUUCUUGUGGACGAAGCUGGCAUGCCAUGCACGACCAAAACACUGUCCCGCGCGGCCAAGAAGUACCGCGCCGACGUGGUGCAGUUCCUCAUGCUCCACGCCAUUCAACCUCUGCCUUACGAUUUCAACUGCGGCUGCGGCAACUACAGUGACGCGAUUACGAUGGCAGACCCGUACGCCAGUGGAGCAGAGCGAUGCUGCGGCUGUGCCAUCCAGUAGCGUUAUGAACAAGAUGGGGGUGUGGUGUGUCGUGUUGAUGUAUGUGUGAUAAUAAUAAUGUUAUGAUCCUAUCGAGUUG